AUGGAUAUCGGAGGCCUGGAGACGGUGGUGGCCAAUUCGGCCUACGUCUCGGCUCGGGGCGACGGCGGCCCGUCCUCGGGGCGCGACAAGAAGAUGCGAGCCAAGCUGAAGUUGCCGCACAUCACACAAUGUGAGCAUCUCAAAGACACCCUGGACCUGGACUUUAAAUUCAACUGCCUGAGGCAGCCCAUCGGGAAGAGGAUCUUCCAGCAGUUCCUGGAGGACACGCCGCAGUUCAUGGCGGCGGCGGGACUGUGGGAGAGCAUUGAGGAGUACAACACAUCUGAGGAGGCCAUGAGGGGCUCCACCGCCCAGGUGACCAUCAACAAGUACUUCGACUCGGCCUCGAAGGAGUUCUGCUCCUUCCUGGAGGAGAAGGCCAUCAUGCGGGUCAAGGAGGACAGCAAGCACAGCCACGGAGACCUCUUCAAAGAGUCCGAGAAGCAGCUGCUCAAACACCUGGAGGAGAAGGCCUACGCCCCCUACAAGGAGAGCCUCUUCUUCUACCGCUUCCUCCAGUUCAAGUGGCUGGAGGCCCAGAGCGUGACGGACGAGUGGUUCAUGGACUUCCGAGUGCUGGGCAAAGGGGGGUUCGGGGAGGUGUGCGCCUGCCAGAUGAAGGCUACCGGCAAAAUGUACGCCAACAAGCGCCUCAACAAGAAGAGGCUAAAGAAGCGCAAGGGAUACGAGGUGAGGAGGGCUCUGUGGUGGAAGAUGUUCCUGGUGGCCUUAGAGUAA